AUGGCUUUAAAUCUAGCAAUUGCAAGUAAUUCUCACCAAGUUUUUGAAAAUCUUUUACAACAGUUUAUUGAGCAACAAACACUAUCACUUUCAGCACAAGAUGAUGAUUUAACUGAAAAAUUUUUAGGUAUUUCAAAUCCAAUUCAACACAAAGGCAAAGGCCGACCUGCAAAUAAGAGAUAUUUGUCAGCUAUUGAAAAUCGUUCUAAUAGAAAUGCAAAUUCAAGAAAUCAAGAUCAGGACGAAGUUUCGGAAGGAUCAAGAAAGAAAAACAAGCGGCAAUGUGCUCUAUGUAAGUCAUGGUAUCAUGACUCAAGAAAUUGCCCUUCAAAAAAUAAAGAACAAGAUAAAGAAAAUAUUUAG